AUGUCGAAAGCGAAGGACGUCAUGCACGAGGGCAAGAUCAACGAGCGACAUCGUAGAGUGGGACGGCUGAAGACCGAAAACAUGAAAGACGCGCUUCGAGACGUCUCGGCGUGGAAACCUGUGUUCGUAUCGGACAGACAGAAGGGUCUCCUGGCGUCUAAGAAGGGCUCCGCGCUGACGCCGGCAGAACAGUCACUUGUGUUUCAGAUGGCACGUAGCGAAUGCGAGAACGACUACAAGUUUUACAGCUCAAAACUCUCGGAGACUCGCCCUUUGGCUGUGGAGUAUCUCGCUGGAAUUGACAAGUCGCACUGGGUGACAUACGCGUUCAACGAGAAGUACAACCAACCCUCUUAUGACGAGGUCACUUCCAACCUGUCCGAGGCAGCGAACAGUUGGUUGGGCAAUGCAGUGCGGUCGUCCUACCCCUUGGAAGCUUUCGAGCAAUACUUCGUCAAGGUGGUUGAGCUGUUCGCCGAAAGGCGCCGCACCUCCUCGCGACAGAAGGGUCCAGGUAGCAACGCAGGACACGCAAGCACCUCCCAAGGUGAGCCGUACGACGAUUGCGAAAUUGACGUGAUGAGGACCACCCCUGCAGCCUUCUCGGACUUUCUCCUUCCCACCUACAAGAAGAAGCUCGACGGGAUCAUGGCUCUUACGAAAACCCUGCAGAUUUUGCCGUGCCUUGAUGGCCAGUACAUGGUGCGAUUCACGGACAUCAGCAGCAGACCGGACCACGCCCAUCUGUGGCGAACCGUGAACUUGAUCGAGAAGGAAUGCAACUCAAAGCUGCAAUUCAUCACGGAAUGCACGGUGAGCGAGCUUUACGCCUGGAAGGAACACACCGUGUCGGUCGCGCGGCGGACAUAUUACUACCAGUUUGUCCCGACCGUCCGCUCGGCGACCAUCGCUCAGGAUCUUCAACUGCUAGUACCUGAAGUCAUCGUCACUGAAGCUGACUUAGGGAAGCGUGGCAUGAAGCCGGGUCCAAAGCCGAAGAACAAACGCAGGUCUGCACGACCAGGUUCUGCGGCGUCGCCUGCCAUUGCUAUGACUCAAUAA